UUGACAUUUUUAUUUUUCUUCCAACAUGGGGAAAGCUAUCCCAUGUUACAUUUUACUGGGCUUGAUUCCUGCUCUUGUAACUUCAGAUAUUUUGAUAAACCCACUGAGAAACAUUAAGAAGAGAAGUGCCACUGAUGUGCACACCCAACCCAUAGAAAUCUACUGGGUGAAAAUUGACUGCAGUGUAACUUCCAGGUUUUCCCGUAAUGUCAUCACUAGUCGAGCUGUGAAUCGUGCCAAUGUGUCCAAGGAAGCUCAGUUUGAUGUGGAGCUCCCCAAAACAGCCUUUAUUUCCAACUUUACUUUGACAAUUGAUGGGGUCACUUAUCCUGGAAUCGUAAAGGAAAAAGAAGUUGCCCAAAAGCAGUAUCAACAAGCAGUUUCAAGGGGCCAGACUGCAGGGCUUGUGAAGGCUGCUGGAAGAAAAACAGAGAAAUUCAGUGUUUCUGUCAACAUUGCAUCAUCCAGCAAAGUCACUUUUCAAUUGACUUAUGAAGAACUCUUGAAGAGAAAGUUUGGAAAAUAUGAGAUAUUUAUCAAAGUAAAUCCAAAACAGCUUGUCAAUAAAUUUGAGAUUGAAGCAAACAUCUUCGAGCCUCAAGGCAUCAGUGAACUUGAAGUUGAAGGGACAUUCCUCAAUAACGAACUGCUACCAGUUGUGAAAAAGUCUUUUUCGGGAAAAAAGGGCCAUGUAUCAUUCAGUCCUACUAUUGAACAACAACGAACCUGUGACAAUUGUACAACCACUCUGCUACAAGGAGAUUUUGUCAUUAAGUAUGACGUGAACAGAGAUUCUCCUAAUAAUUUACAGGUAGUAAAUGGAUACUUUGUACACUUUUUUGCACCAAAAAUCCUGGAACGUUUACCUAAGAAUGUUGCCUUUGUAAUCGAUGUCAGUGGUUCCAUGUCUGGACAGAAAAUUCGGCAAGCAAAGGAAGCCUUGACAAAAAUAGUGGAAGACUUAAAAGAAGAAGAUCACUUCAAUAUCAUCCUGUUUGAAAGUUCAGUUUCAACAUGGAAAGAUAACUUAAUCCAAGCUACUCCAGAGAAUGUGAACCAAUCAAAGGAAUUUAUUCAACAAAUAAAUGCGUGGGGAGGAACAAAUUAUAAUGAUGGUUUACUGACUGGUAUUGAAAUGCUGAAUAAAGCUCAUGAAUCGAAAUCUGUACCUGAAAGAAGUGCCUCUUUAGUUAUCAUGUUAUCUGAUGGGGAGGCCAAUGUAGGUGUAUCAAAUCCCAUACAGAUUCAAGAAAAUGCUAAGAAUGCAACUAAAGGAAAAUAUCCUAUAUACAAUCUUGGGUUUGGUUAUGAUGUUGACUAUGCAUUUUUAGAGAGAAUAGCAACAGAAAACAAUGGUGUGGCUCGCCGCAUCUUUGAAGACUCAGAUGCAACCUUACAACUACAGGGUUUUUAUGAUGAAGUAGCCAAUCCUUUGCUUACUGAAGUGGAGUUAGGCUAUAAUGAAAAUGCCAUCUCAGAUUUGACUCAAAAUAGUUUUAAACAUUAUUAUGAUGGCUCUGAAAUAGUUGUGGCUGGACGAAUUACAGACAAUGACCUGAACAGUAUCACAGCAGAAGUAAAAGCUCAAGGGGCACUAAAUGAGGUGACUUAUAGCGAACAAGCCGAUGUUGAGGAAACAACCAAAGCUCUCGAAGAGCAGCAAUACAUAUUUGGAGAAUAUAUUGAGAAAUUGUGGGCUUAUCUCACCAUUCAACAACUUCUAGAAGCACGCGCUGUAGCGCAGGGAGAUGAAAAGGAAAAUAUUACUGCUAAAGCUCUGGAGUUGUCUCUGAAAUAUAACUUUGUGACUCCAUUAACAUCCAUGGUUGUCACAAAGCCAGAAGACAAUGAAGAAAAGGAAUCAGUUGCUGACAAACCCACAGAAGGUACAGAUAUUGUCAUAAGGACAUUAACCCAUCUGGCUUUUAGUGGUUUGGUGGCAAUAUUCAAAAUAUUAACAAUUGAACUAGUCGAGAAUAUCCCGGAGCAACAGGUAGUAUGCUUUCUCCUUAGAUCAGGAUAGGAAAGCAUGAAUUUUGUGGUGUGUG